UGGCAUUUGCCAGAACCCACAGAUUGCCAGUCCGGGCCAGGUGGCUGGCCAGUGCUAAGUAUGCACUCUAGUUAUGUAGGUGGCUGGUUGGUGCUAAGUAUGCACUCUAGUUAUGUAUGUGGCUGGCCAGUGCUAAGUAUGCACUCUAGUUAUGUAUGUGGCUGGCCAGUGAUAGGGCUGCACUGCUUAUACUACACUGUAGGUGGGUAGAUUGUUGGGCAGUUCUAACACAGUACUGUUGGUAGGUAGUUGACUAGGCAUUGCUAAAUCUUAUCUGUAGAUAGAUAAUUGGCGGGCCAAUGCUAAGGCUGUACUGUUGAAGGGUAGAUGGCUGAGCAGCACUAAGCUUGGUGGUUAGGUAGGUGGCUGUGGAAUGCUAAAUUUGCAUUGUUGGUAGGUAGAUAGUUGGCCAGUGUUAUGUAUGCACUAUAGGAAGGUUGGUGGCUGUCCAAUGCUAAGUGUGCAGGUAGGUGGCUUCCCUGUAGGUAGGUAGGUGGCUGGUGUGCCCUGUAGAAAGGUAGGUGGCUGGCCAGUGCUUAGUAUACACUGUGGAUAGGUAGGUGGCUACUCAAUGGUAAGUGUGCACUGUAGGUAGGUAUGUGGCUGGCCAGUGCUGUACUGUAGAUAGGUAGGUGGCCAGCCGAUGCUAAGGCCGCACUGUAGAUAAGUGGGUGGGUAGGUUGGCGACUGACAAAUGCUAAGUAUACAUUUUAGGUGGGUAGGUGACUGGGCAGUGCAUGGUGGGAAAGCAGCACAAAGACUCUGUGAUUGCAGUGGAACCGUUUCCCAAACCACUUGCCCUUUAAAUGUCUAUGGUGACACAGUGAGAGGGAACUUGCGGCUGUGUUACUAUUUCCUCCAGACGAGGAGGAGGAGCUGCAGCUUCUUAAUUACACUCAAGUGUUUUCUUUUAAAUGCAGGAUACGUGCUGUGAGGGCAAUUGCGUCGGAUGCCUGAAUGGGGAAGGUGAAGGACAGAGAGGCGUUUGCCUUAUUACACACAGGCAGUGACUCUGGUUCAGUAGCAGCCAGGAAUAGAGGGGAAUAGAGGCACAAACCAUGAACUACGUGGGGCAGUUAGCCGGCCAAGUAUUUGUCACUGUGAAAGAACUGUACAGAGGACUUAACCCUGCCACGCUGUCUGGAUGUAUAGAUGUGAUCGUCGUACGCCAACCCAAUGGCAACCUGCAGUGCUCCCCCUUCCACGUGCGCUUUGGGAAAAUGGGGGUCCUGCGGUCUGGGGAGAAAGUGGUGGAUAUUGAAAUAAAUGGGGAAGCUGUGGAUUUACACAUGAAACUGGGAGACAACGGGGAAGCGUUUUUUGUUACAGAACAAGAGGAAAAUGAGGAGGACAUCCCAUCUCACCUGGCCACCUCACCCAUCUUGCUUGAAGGAGCUGCGCUGAUGGAGUCUCAACUGAGGAGGAACUCUAAAGACUGGCCAAGGUCUAUGGACUCUUCCGGCCCCUCGCAACCCUCUAGCAACAUGCACUUGGCCUCUUCAGGAGCAGAGAACCCUACCAACGUGUCUGUGAAGAAGAGAAGGAAAAGGAGGAGAAAGUCAAAGGUGGAUAAUCUGAAGAGAGAGGACAACUGUGAUACCACUGAAGAUGAAGAUAUGUUUACCAUAGACAUGAGUUCUGAUGAGGAAUGUGAGCCAGUGGAAAUGUCCAAGUCUAUGGCUCCAAGCAGCUACAGUGACAUGAACCCAGCUCAGGGCAGCCCAUUUGGCAAAGCAGAAGCACAUCCUCACUCAGAUAGCGAGUGGUCACAUUUGCAAAGUAACUCAAAAGAGCACAAAGGGUCGUCUGCUCUUCUACAUGGUCCACCAGGAGGAGGUCUGUCUAGCUCCUGUCCCCCGCAGCCUUGUAUCCUGCAUGAUUCUGACAGUCCUCCAGGUUCUCGACCUGCAACCCCUAAAAGUGAUUCUGAGUUGGUGAGCAAACCAGUGGAGAGAGGGUUAUCCGCUAGCGAGAUUCCAAUGCACUGGGCCUGGGGGGAGCUUCCCCAAGCAACAAAGGCUCCUCUGCACAAAACUAAGGAAUCCAGCACUGUGAGCAUAAACAUGAAAGAAAGCACACAUUUUAGGAUCAUCCCACGAGCCACGAAUGUGGGGGCAAGUUCAUCCCUAGAACUUGAAGAGAACCAGACCAUUUCUUUGGUUCUAGAUGAUGCCAGACUCAAUCCUCCUUCUCAACUUAUCGGUGAGCCUGAUAUUGAAACUCUAGGAGCUGCUGCACCUCCUCUUCCCUUUGAAGAAGAACCCUGUCCCGGACCCCCUGGUUCGAUUCCGCCAGCCAGCAAGACAGAUUCUCCUUCUAAAAAGAAAGAUAAGCGGAGCCGACACCUUGGAGCUGAUGGUGUUUAUUUGGAUGAUAUCACGUGCAUGGAUCCUGAGGUUGCAGCUUUGUAUUUUCCAAAAAGUGGAGAUACAACAGCACCAGGCAAGAGCUCAAGUGAAAACGGGGCCCGCUCUGCAAAUCAGUCCCCGCAGUCUGUGGGAAGCUCAGGGAUCGACAGCGGAGUAGAAAGCAUUUCAGAUGGCUUAAGGGAUCUGCCUUCCAUUUCGAUAUCACUUUGUGGGGGCCUUACUGACAACAAAGAGAUUACAAGAGAGCAUUUUAUAGAGCAAGCGGUGACCUAUCAGCAGUUUGUGGACAAUCCUGCCAUCAUCGACGACCCCAAUCUCGUUGUGAAAAUUGGAAACAAGUACUACAACUGGCCAACGGCAGCCCCUCUUCUCCUGGCCGUGCAGGCUUUCCAGAAGCCGCUGCCUAAGUGUUCUUGCUUUGAUUACUUGUGCGCAGUGGUAGAUUCCAUUCGAUUUUGUUUUUCUAGUCUCUGUGGCCAACAGACAGUAACCAUUGACACUCUGAUGAGAGACAAGAUGACCAAGAAAGGGGGGCGGUGGUGGUUUUCCUGGAAGGGGAGAAACACAAAUAUAAAAUCGGAAGCAAAGCCAGAUCAAGGAAAUGGGCCUUACAAUGGUGGACAACCAGCUGGCACCAGCUUGGAAAAUAGAAUCAAAGAUGAAUCAUCAUCGAGCGAUGAAGACCCUCGGGGUGCUAAGCAGAGCAUUGGCUCCCUGCAGUCAAACCAGACUCGCAUUUCAUCGUCCGGCAUGACCUAUAAAAAGACAUUGAGGCUGACCUCUGACCAGCUUAAAAGUCUCAAGCUGAAAAAUGGUCCCAAUGAUGUUGUAUUCAGCGUCACCACUCAAUAUCAGGGCACAAGUCGAUGCGAAGGUACCAUUUACCUCUGGAACUGGGACGAUAAAAUCAUCAUUUCUGAUAUUGAUGGAACUAUCACACGAUCGGACACCCUGGGUCAUAUUCUGCCAACACUGGGUAAAGACUGGACUCACCAAGGGAUAGCAAGGCUCUAUCACAAAGUGAGCCAGAAUGGCUAUAAGUUUCUCUACUGCUCAGCCCGGGCCAUUGGUAUGGCUGAUAUGACUAGAGGCUACCUCCACUGGGUGAAUGAACGUGGGACAGUACUACCUCAGGGACCCGUUCUCUUAAGUCCUAGCAGUUUGUUCUCUGCCUUACACAGGGAAGUGAUUGAAAAAAAGCCGGAAAAAUUUAAGAUUGAGUGCCUGACGGACAUCAAAACUUUAUUUCAGCCCAAUGAAGAACCAUUUUAUGCUGCUUUUGGAAACCGCUCCACUGACGUGUAUUCAUACAAAGAAGUCGGCGUUUCGCUAAACCGGAUAUUUACAGUCAAUCCCAAAGGGGAGCUGAUUCAGGAGCACGCGAAGACCAACAUAUCGUCGUACGUCAGACUCUGCGAGGUGGUGGAUCACAUAUUCCCUUUGUUAAAAAGGAGCAACUCAUCCGAUUUUCCCUGCUCGGAUACAUACAGUCAUUUCACGUUCUGGAGGGAACCUUUACCUCCAGUUGAAAAUCAAGACAUUCAUCCAUCAGCAUCUUAAAUAUCCUGCAGCAUUUCGGUGAAAGAAGACCCUAAACCUAAAUAUUUGAGAGCUUUGCAACUUUUUGGACUUUUCCUAAACUUUCAAUCUAACGGAACCCUUGCAAGAUUCUUUGAUCGACGUGAAAAUAUUGUUGGUUUUUUUUUCAACAUAUUAUGCCAAAGGUUUGGAAAGUACUAGAUGAGUAUGAUAUAGGAACCAUAGCCGUGAAACGGUGUCUGAAGCAACCUGCAUGUGGUGUGCUCAGUUCAGUUUACUGGGAAAAUUUUUUUUCUCAUUUAAAGGAGAAGGAAAGGUUCAAACUAAGUAAGCUUUAUCAGAAAGGUCUAUAUAAAUACACCAGUAAACCCUCAAAGUAAAGCUGGCCAUAGACGCAAAGAUUCGAUCCUACGAAUGCACGAUUUAAACGAUUUUCAGACCGCGUGUGGAGAGUCGUUUGGUCGAUCGGCCAGGUUAAAAGAUUUCUGUCGGCUGCCGAUAAUAUCUCUGCAUGUAUUGCUGAUUGUACGAUUUUCAG